ACCCUGCUACAGUAGUUGCCUAGCUAGCUACCAGGCCGGAUCGAGAUCCGUUCUGAUUUCUGAAAGGAUCGGAUGCCCAUAAUUUCCAAGGAAGCUAUAGCUUAGCUUAUUCAGUGCAAGAACAUGGCAGCGACGCACUACUGAUUCCUAUUCGCGUCGCCAUUAACACGUGGCUGGCAUUCAGUGAGAGUGUAUAGUGCCCACGCUAUCUCCAUCCAUCGGAGCAUCAUCAUCAUCACGGCUAUAUCCUUGAUUCCUUGUCCCGAGUUAAUGCCCUCUCCUGGCUAAGCUAGCUGGCUGGCCAGGCUAGACGUGAGCUGAGGCCUGAGCUAGGCUGCUGUUGCUUCAUCAUCUCCUGCCAGCGCGCGGCGGCCGUGUUUAGAGGCGUCACAUGCCGCGGAGGCUUCUGCUUCUGCUUCUGCUGGUUGGUCGCUGGGCGGAGAGAAAGGGAUCAUCGUCACCUCACCUGUAGCGAGAGAGGUGAGCGGCGAGAUCAGAGACGACGACACUGGAACGUGAGACAGCAAUAAAGAAAGCAGCAAGAGGUGGCCUCGGGUCGGAGUGGCCCCCCACGACACGAGCAUGGCUCCAUGAGCGACACCGAUCAAGCAAUCAUGCGCAGAUGCAGCGGGCAGCUAGGCAGGCUCCACGGCUGCCGCUUCCUUCAUCAUCCCGGCCCGGGCGGAUCGAAUGGAAGGAGGCGUCCGGACGGAUCGGAGCAGCCUCCAGCACGAGCAGGUCCGUCGUCCGUCCUUUUCCCUUCAACCACCGCACGAUCCGCCGCGAAUCCCCCCUGCUUUCUUCCUCCUGUUGAAAAAGAGAGCCUGGUAUAUAUAUCAUCCUGCUACCGCGGCAACAACUAGCAUCCUGGCUGAUGAUCCGCGCAAUGCUGCCGCCGUCGCCGGAGAUCGCGAGCUGCGGCUCGUCCUCGGAGGAUGACCCGUCGUCGCUUCCGGCCGCGGCCGCCCGCGACGAGCGGCAGCUCCUGGUGGUGCAGCUGGUCCCAAGGGGCGUCUCGGACAGGCUCCUCGGCAAGUUCGCGGACACGAGCGCGUUCGAUUUCGACUACGACCGCAGCGGGCUCUGGUCGCCGCUGGUGCUGCGCCACGAGGUCCUGCUCCUCGCCGCGCAGCCGCCGCCGUCCACGGGCCACGGCCGGCGCCGCGGCGGCGGGCGGCCCCGGCGGCGGUGGCGCCGGAAGCGGAGGAAGGCGCUCUGCUGCUGCUGGGGAUGGUGGUGACAGUGCAGUGUGAGCGUGGGCUGCGGAUGAUCAUCUGAAUGCUGCUGAAUCUUCGCAUUUGCUGUGGCGAUAGAUGUACAGAGAGCCGAACAUAGUGGCAGAUGAGCUUCGCAACAUGUAUGCAUGCGUGCGGUGCUGCAAAGCCCAAAUGCAGGAGGACAUGUGUCGUUCAGUUCAGGGGCAGUACGUUCACCGCCUUUUCUGAUCACUGUUAUUGGAGGCAAUGCAUCUGGCGUUCGGAUGCACCCUGAUCCUGUAAUUACCUUUUGUUUCUCUUCUUUUUUCUGGAGCGUUAUUUUUGGUCUAUGCAGUGUGGUGGUAUUGGCUGAUGCAUGCCUGCACCGUUGGAUCUAGAAACAGACAAAACUAGUUAAUAGAUAUGUCCAUUGGCAUGUUCCUCUACUUCAUUCUCA